AUGACCAACGACCACCUGAGACUGUUCUGUCUUGUCAGCGGAGACCCCAUCUCGAGAGCAUUCUCCGUUAUCGCUUCAUCGGGAAGCACUGUAGACGAUCUCAAGAACCUCAUUAAGGCCAAGAAAACGCCAAAAUUUGACGAUGUCACUGCCUCCCAGCUCACGCUCUGGCGGGUCUCCAUCCUAGAUACAGACGACGACGAGCACGAGGACCUUCCCAUCCUGCUGGACGCUCUGAAUGAGAAGAAGGAGCUGCGCCCGACAAGCGAUCUCUCGGAAGUGUUUAGUGAGGGGGCACCGAAGAAAACAAUUCACAUCAUUGUUCAGCGACCACUACCAGCUGCUCCUGUCAACGUUCCGGGCCAUCUCUUGCAAGGAUCUUCUCCUAGUUAUCCGCUCUCUGGAUGCGGGAAAACUCGCUCGGUGAUAGAGAUGCUCUGUCUUCAGUGGGGAUUCUACUUCAACGCGGCGAAGGAAGACCUAGGCUCGGACGAUCUCUGCCAUCUUGCCGAGCUCCUUGAUGCGAAAAUAUCAGGGGAACAGAGUCCUGGCCGCAACACCGUCUUCGCAAGAAGCAUGACUCUCAUGCUCUUCCUCUCCAGACUCUUAGUCCUCAGAUACUGCUUGCAGGUCCAUGACUGCCGCCAGACGUUCACAAGUGCAUCCUGGGCCAUACUCCAAGUCUGCCCAAACAUGUUCAUGGAUGUGUUUUCGAUUCUGUUCGGGAAUCUCUUUGACCUCCUGCAUACGCACACAGUUAACGCGUUAGAUCUAAUGAUUGUUGUCCAAGAAGAGCUCUUACAAGUACGAGACCGUCUUGCUGCCCACGGCUAUCCUAAUUUCUCAAGCGGGACCAAAUUGCGGCUGGUCGUAGACGAAGCGCAGGUUCUGAGCGACAAGGGUAGUACAAAAUUCCAGUCGUCAUACCUAGAAAUCGAUCCUCGACCCAUGUUGUCUCCUAUACUGAACGGUUUUCGAACAACUGGAGGUCGAGAGGAGCUUACGAUCAUUUACUGUGGCACAGGAUUGAGCAUGCGAAAUAUUCAUUCGGCACUGAGCAGCGGCGCCGGCGCCGGCAUCAAGGAGCCGCGUUCGGAAACUUUUUUCCUGUUUGAUUUCCCAGGAUGGACAGAUCGAAAUUCGAUCCAGUCGUAUAUCGAUCGUGUGAAGGAACACUUGCUGGAUAGCGAGUCGAAAAAUAUGGUGGAUACUUUAAUCCCUCCGGAGGCGGUCGACAUGCUGCACAGGAGAUUCACAGGCAGGUUUCGGCCAAUCGUGACAGCGAUCGAGGGGAUUAUCUCGAGUGGCGACGCAACAAAGUGGGAAAGUGAAAUCAACGACGCCGAGACUAUGCUUACAUCCUGGAAGGAUCGGGAACGCCGGAACAAUCUAUGUGGCGAGAUCCUGCGUUUGGAGAACAAGAUCGCCCAACACCUCGAACAGUUUACUUCAUGUCUUUCUAUCAGAGAAGCACUUGGACUCUUCCUUUUCCGUCACCGUUUGCUGGACGCAGCCGAGAUUAUACUUGAAGACGAAGCGCAAUUGGUGGAAGCAGCGUUCGGCCGGAUCAAGAUCUUUGGAGCUGCUGCAAGAAUAGUUCUCGACGAGCCAUUUGUGUUGAAAGCGAUCUAUAACUACUUACGGGUAAAGGAUCCUUUGCUUGUAUCUGCUGCAGAAGGGGCGAUGCUGCAUUCGGAUAAUCCUUCUGUACAUGGCAGGAUGUGGGAAGCCAUGAUGCCGUCCGUUUUCGUAGAGACGUUCAAGAACCAGCCUAUUUCUUCAUGGCCUCUACUGACCAAGGAUGCUCUUCCUGAGAUGCUCACCGGCCAUGUGACGAUUGUUGGAUACAAUGAACAGGAACCUAAACUCGCCAUCUCACACAAGGACAUCACAACGCUAGACUUUAUGAAAGCGCACGUCAAGGAUAAUUCGAAGCGAGGUGACCAAGACAUCCCUCCGUUCUACUUCCCAGUCCCCCAGGUGCCCAGACCGAAUAUCAUCUUUUUUGUCCUGAUUAACAAUAAGAGGUACCCCUGCUUCAUCCAAUUGAAACUGCGACAAGUGCUUGAGACUACUGAUGCCGAGCAAGCGCUUGCAACUGUCAGUGGCCGUUCCGUACAGGAGAAGUUGAAUGAGGAACAGAAGAAGCAUGAAAAGGAGCAAAAGGAGCAGCAAAAACAACAAAUGAAACAGAAUCAGCAAGAAAUAACAUGUACCGAAUCAGAAAAAUCGGAACCGCCGCGACCGCAAGAUUACUGUCCCACUGGGGUCUACAUUAGCAUGGUUAUCACUUGCCCUGGAGAGGUGGCCGGAUUCCAGAUUGUACGCCCAGACCCGCAGCCUGAACUUACCGGACUGAUUCGCGUCUCCAUCGAGGUGGACGACAAUAAUUUCGCGUACAUCUUUCCGGAGCACCAUGUGAACUUCCUUAACCAGCUGAAGAAGCUCAAACGCGGUGCAGAGGAUGAGCAAGGUCCAGAUCGAUCCAAAAAGACAAAGGGCGAUAUCUAG